CCCCCCACCCUCCGCCCUGCUCCUCUGUACCUUGAGCCCGGCUCGUAAUGGACAACUCGAGACAACUCGAGCGCAGAGGUGCCGGGGUGGGGGCCCUGGUGAGGGCGCCCCGUGGGGAGUCCAGAGACCCGCCAUGGCAAUGCGGAAUGUCCACCAGCCGGCGCUCGGUAUCUUUUCAUCAGCGCCGUCACGUGAAGCGUGCGUACCCAAGGUGGCGUCUGCAUUGAGCCGCAAUGGGCCGCUUGCCCUCCACGCGACUUUCUCCCCUCUCCCCUUCCCACCUCGAGAGGUGCCGUCUCGCGGAACCUCGGGGCCCACUCGUUGGCGAAGGCGCCCGCGUAAAUCCCCGGGGCAAGCUUCAGGAAUGCGGCGUGCAAUGAUUUACCCCGGGAUUAGCGUCGGAGCCGCCGCGCUGCGCCGCCUUCCCAAGCGAUUCAUCAAUUAUUGACUGGGCGAAUCGGCGAGCCGUGUUCGUACGAGUGUUGCGGCGCUACGGAGCAUUAAUUAUUGACGCGGCGCAGGAUGACCGCAGAAGAGACGGGGCCAAUGUCGGGGUGCGACGCGGUGAGCUCGGCCCCAAACGGCCCAGCCCUGACCACCCUCAUGGAGCGGACGGGGUACAGUAUGGUACAGGAGAACGGCCAGAGGAAGUUUGGGGGGCCCCCUCCUGGCUGGCAGGGCCCCCCACCGCAGCGCGGCUGCGAGAUCUUCAUUGGGAAGCUGCCACGGGAUCUGUUCGAGGACGAGCUGGUGCCGGUGCUUGAGGGGGUCGGACGACUCUACGAGAUGCGGCUCAUGAUGGACUUCGACGGCAAGAACCGCGGAUACGCGUUCGCCACGUUCUGCACCAAGCAGGAGGCGCGCCGCGCCGUGCGGGAGCUCAACAACUACGAGGUGCGGCCCGGCCGCCUGCUCGGCAUCUGCAGCAGCGUGGACAACUGCCGCCUGUUCGUGGGCGGUAUCGCCAAGACCAAGAAGAAGGAGGAGAUCGUGGAGGAGGUGUCCAAGGUGACGGAGGGCGUGGUGGACGUCAUCGUCUACCCCAGCGCCACCGACAAGAUGAAGAACCGCGGCUUCGCGUUCGUGGAGUACGAGACGCACCGCGCCGCCGCCAUGGCGCGACGGAAGCUCAUGUCGGGCCGCGUGCAGCUGUGGGGCCACCCCAUCGCCGUGGACUGGGCUGAGCCCGAGCUGGACGUGGACGACGACGUCAUGGAGACCGUCAAGAUCCUCUACGUGCGCAACCUCAUGAUGGACACGUCGGAGGAGGCGAUCCGCGCCGCCUUCGAGCAGUUCCGCGCGGGCAGCGUGGAGCGCGUCAAGAAGAUCCGCGACUAUGCCUUCGUGCACUUCUCCUCGCGCGACGACGCACUGGAAGCCAUGCGCCGCCUGGACGGCGCCUCGCUGGAGGGCGCCACCAUGGAGGUCACGCUCGCCAAGCCCGUCGACAAGGAGCAGUACCAGCGCUACCAGAAGGCCAGCAAGGGAGCGCCCGUGCCGGGCGGCGGCAGCGGCGUCGGCGCCGGCGCCGGGGUGGCCGCGGCCGCGUCGGCGGCGGCGGCGGUCGUGCCGGAGGCGCUGCAACCGAACUACAUCUACCCGUACGACACGGCCGGGAGCCUGGCGUACUUCAGCUACGGCAUGUACAACGCCACGGCCGUCGGGCCCAACCGGGACUACUUCCUCAAAGGAACUCACCGGGGCGGGCGAUCGCGUGGCACGUCCGUGCUCUCCGGCCGCACCCCGGGCCCCCGGGGCUCCUACCUUGGUGGCUACAGCGCAGGCCGCGGCAUCUACAGCCGCUACCACGAGGGCAAGGCGGCCGCCAGGCCGGGGCCCGACGGGUGGCCGGGACCCGAAGGGGCCCUCGGGGCCGCCUCCGGGAUGGAGCUUGCCGUGGCGGCCGCGGCGGCGGCGGCCGGGGGGCUCAACCCCCUCGGGCUGAAGCAGCACAAUGCAGUGACCCUGCCUGGCCUGGGGCACCGGUACUCGGUGCUCCCCGCGGGAGGGCCCCCCCAGAAACUCGGGGACGAGUUCCGUGCGGCGGGGGUGGGGGGCACCCCCGAGCAGCUGCUAACGGCGCUGGGGAUCGCGCCCGACCUGGGGGGGCACGCGGGGAGCCUGCAGGGCCUCGCCUCCCCCACCUUCCAGGGCCGCACGCUGACGCCCGUGUACGCCGUGGCCCCGCCGGGGCUGCCCCGCAUGGCGGCGCCCGGCCUCUACGGCCCCAGCUACAUCAGCGUGGCCGCGGGCCUCCCCGCGGGCCUCCAGGCCGGGCUGCCCAUGGCCACGGGGCUGACGAUGCACAAGCACCCGGCGCUGCAGCAGAUGGCGUACCCCUACGGCGGCUUCCUGCCGGGCCACCUGGCCACCGCCAUGCCGCUGCCCCUGCAGGACGUGUACCACCAGCCGUACUGACGCGAGAGGCCGACACGCCGGUGGGGCGGCACGGAUUUGUGAAGGGUGGCACGCGCCCCAGGCGUCGCGUCCCGCACAGACACGGGACGCACCAGGGCUACGUGUACACGCAUUCCUGCGCACACACACAUACGCAUAUAGCUGCACUAAUACACAACCGUGCACACAUAAAGAUGCCCCAUACAGCCUUAAUAAACUGUUGGGGCAAGCGCGAUUAGCGAGCACCUAUGAAGCCCGGCACGGCACGAGGGGGUGGGUGGCCAGCACCAUCACUUUGUCUCCCCAGUGCUGAGGUUUACACAGCGCAACAGCUACCCAUUUAAGUCGACCUAGCAGAUGCCAAGAACCGGUUCAGAUAAUCAUCACUGGAGGUGGCCAUGAGCGGGAAUCGAACUUGGGUCGCUGGGUUCGUAGUGCAGUGCGCUAACCACUACACUACCGCUUCCCAAACACACACAGGCACAGACACACGUAUGCAGAGGCACACACAUGUAUCCGAACAUAUGUACACAUUAGAAAAGCCACGUUUGGCUACGUAUGGUGCAAAAUAAGUUCCACAUUCAUCCAUACACCAGCAUGGGGUCAUGGUACAAGAUGCUCUGCAGUACCAUCCAACACCACACCUCGGUACACAUAGCACUACACACACUACACUACUCACCGCAAAACACACAUCACAC